AUGGCGGCUUUGAGUCCUUGUGACUCAUUUUCUGGUUUUGAUAAAGCAAAGUUGUUAAAGUUAAGCGAGAUAUACAAAAACGAUUUUGACGAUUCAGAAAGGGUGCAACUUAAUGGGCAACUUGAUAUCUAUUAUCACUCUUUGCUCCAUGAUGAAAGAUUUUUCAACUUGAAGGGAAUUGCAGACCUCUCUCGUUUGUUGGUGGAAACUGGAAAGCACCUCUCUUUUCCUUUGGUUUAUAGAUUAUUAAAACUAACUUUGGUUUUGCCCGUCGCAACCGCAACCGUUGAACAAUGUUUUUCUGCGAUGAAGUUCUUGAAGACCGAUUUGCGUAAUAGAAUAGUUUGGAACGCUGGAACGAACAGAAACAAAAAAAAAAGAAAACGCAAACUAGGGCUCGCUGCUUCAUCGUGUUGUUGUCAUCCACCAUCUCCGGCCGCUGCAUCUCCUCCAUCCGACGGCGGCUGGCUGCGCCUCCUCCACCAUCGCCGGCGACUGCAAGGUUUUGAUUCCGAUUCUUAA